GUGGUCCUGGGGGCGUGGUCUCGAGGGUGCGUCCUAGGGCGUGGCGCGGGCCUCGAGGUCCGGAGCGCCCGGGACUGAGCGCGCCUGGAUCCUCAGUGCGAGCCGAUUCAGCCCGGUUUCGUGCACCCAGCAGGCACAGGCUCCAGACUGCUUGAAAAGCCUGCUGGGACAUGUCAUCAUCGCUGGAUGCCUGGGGCAUGAUAGAAACUUGGCAGCAGCAAGCUAGCUCCUCCGAUCAAGUGCAGGAUGUCACCUGGAAUCAGCGCUGUGACAAAUCCAGAGUUCUUGUGAUUCUAAAUGCUCUAUCCUGUCCAGUGACAUCUUGUCCUUCUGAUAAGCUGGCAACUCCUCUGGCCACAACAGAGGGAAAGUGGAGGAAGCACCAUUGGCACUCAAGGCUUAGAAGAUUGUCCCAUCACAAAGGGAAGCCUGUGGCUAUUAUUUGAAAUGCUGAGAAACUUGCUUCGGAGGAGACUUUUUUCUUAUCCCACAAAAUACUACUUCAUGGGUCUUGUUCUCUCUCUGAUUACCUUCUCUGUUUUAAGAAUUCAUCAGAAGCCUCAGUUUGUUAGUGUCAGACACUUGGAGCUUGCUGGAGAUGAUCCUAACAGCAGUGUCAACUGCACCAAAGUUUUAGAGGGUGACACAGAGGAAAUCCAGAAGGCGAAGCUACAGUUACUCACGGUGCAGUUCAGGAAGCGCCCGAGGUGGACACCGCAUGACUAUAUAAACAUGACCCGUGACUGUGCCGCUUUCAUCAGGACACGCAAGUAUAUCAUGGAGCCCCUUAGUAAAGAAGAGGCAGGCUUUCCUAUUGCGUAUUCCAUAGUGGUCCAUCACAAGAUUGAAAUGCUUGACACACUCCUGAGGGCCAUCUACAUGCCUCAGAAUUUCUACUGCAUUCACGUGGACAAAAAAGCAGAGGGGUCCUUUCUGGCUGCGGUGACGGGCCUCGCAUCCUGCUUUGGUAAUGUCUUUGUGGCCAGCAAGUUGGAGAACGUUGUUUACGCAUCCUGGAGUCGGGUGCAGGCUGACCUCAACUGCAUGGAGGAGCUGUACAGAAUGAGUGCCAAUUGGAAGUACCUGAUCAAUCUUUGUGGUAUGGACUUCCCCAUUAAAACCAACCUGGAAAUCAUCAGGAAGCUCAAGACAUUCACAGGGGAAAACAACCUGGAAACUGAGAAGAUGCCCCCCAACAAGGAAGAAAGGUGGAAAAAACGACACGCCGUCGUUGAUGGGAAGCUGACAAACACUGGGGUUGUCAAAUCGCGGCCGCCACUCAAAACGCCUCUUUUUUCAGGCAGCGCCUACUUCGCAGUCAGCAGGGAAUAUGUAGGCUAUGUGCUGGAAAAUGAGAGCGUCCAGAAGUUCAUGGAAUGGGCACAGGACACGUACAGCCCGGAUGAGUUCCUCUGGGCCACUAUCCAGAGGAUCCCUGAGGUCCCCGGUUCCCUCCCCUCCAGCCAUAAGUAUGACUUGUCUGACAUGAACGCAGUCGCUAGAUUUGUCAAGUGGCAGUACUUUGAAGGCGAGGUUUCCAAGGGCGCGCCUUACCCCCCGUGCAGCGGGGUCCACGUGCGCUCCGUGUGCGUUUUCGGGGCUGGUGACUUGAGCUGGAUGCUGCACAAGCACCACUUUUUUGCCAAUAAGUUUGACAUAGAUGUCGACCCCUUUGCCAUCCAGUGUUUGGAUGAGCAUCUGAGGCAUAAAGCCCUGGAGGCCUUAGAACACUAGCUACUGUUGGCGAUCCUGGGGAAGAUAAGGAUGCACAAACUACCCUCAUCUGCUUCCCUUGUCCUGUAGGGGUCCUCUCUGGGGUGUGAUUUUUAGGCUACACAAAUUCUGCAGAAUACAGUUACAAGAGGGGUUGAUACACUAGGUGCUGGAGUAAAUGUGAGGGCAGAGUUCAGAUGGCCACAGGCUGGGGAAGAUUUUUAUGGACAGGGGGGACCUAGGAGAUUGUAGAAGAGGACAGUGAAAAAAAAAUCAGCCUCCCGGACUAAUCAAAGAAGCCAGGUACUUAAUCUAAAUGAAAUUUGAUUUGUGCCAAAAUUCUUUUAAGAAUUUAUAAAAUGAUAAUUUU